AUGUCUUUCUUUGGCUUCGACACUUCCCUCCCCAGGGACAAACCUGAGGGCGCGGGCAAGGGUAUUUUCGAACACACAAACCCUUUCGCCGAAGUUGCAAAGGCGAGGAAAUUGCAGGCCUUUCACGAUAAUGAGGACGAGAUUCUCGACUUUGAAGAUACCUACGAUGGCCUAGGCGAUCAGCUCGAGGAGGCCGGCGAUGACUUCAACGAUGAUACCUUUGGUGGUGGCGCUGAAGGCGCAACCGGUCAGGGCUCGGUGGGAAAAGAUUAUGACUUCUUUGGAAAAACGGCUCAAGUCUCCAAUGUCAUCAAUGAGGAGCAUAUGCGCUACAGCUUGCAACAACCUCAUCAGCCAGCGGCGCCCGCGCAGCCCGCAAAGGCCAGAAGGACCGGCUAUGAGAAAUAUCAAGAUCCGGGUUAUAUUCCAGACAUUCAGGCGAAAUCCGGGGCUUGGGGCACAAAGUCAAGCACAGCUGCUCCUCCGUCCGGCGAUCCUCGCAUCAGUACGGCCCGUGGCACUGCUCCAGCCUCGUUCCCUGCUCCUGAACCCUCACCUCCACCAGCAUCCAUGUCACAACCUCCAAUGAUGACCCUGGAACAGGUUGAGGCGGCUUUGCUUGCUGAAUCUCAAGCGAGACAGGCACAGCUUUCAUUCUCGCAACACCAGCCAUACCCGUUCCCACCUCAGUCAAUGCAUUCACAAUCUCCGCAGCCAUACCAGCAGCCCAUGGGACUUCCUCCCGGCCUGCCAACUCAGCCUCAACCACAACCUCCUCUCGACGGUCCUAGAAACCACAAUCGCAUGCCUUCACAUCCUCGUGCACCCCAGCCUCCACCUCAGCAGCCUCUCCAGAUUCUACAGAAUCCAAACAGAGCCCGUCAUUCACCCCAGCCAAGCCUCGACAGGUCUCAACCCGUCCCACCACUCGGACCUCAAGGAACUGGCGCGUUGCCGGUGAUAACUCACCCUCAACAGUUGAUGGAGCUGUCCGACGAACAGCGACGAGUUUACCUGGAAGAAGACGCCAAGAGGGCAAAGAGGAAUCACAAGAUCUUCCUGCUUUCCAAAGGUAACGGGUUGAUGACUCCCCAGGAUAAGAAUUUCAUCACUCGAAUCCAACUUCAGCAGUUAGUGGCGGCGACGGGGAGUUCGACGGACUCGAAUCCCGAAGCUGCCCUCAAUGAAGACUUCUACUACCAGGUCUACAGUCAAAUCCGUGGUGCUCCAAGACAACAUCCUACUCAACCGCUGGGCCACUUUGCGCAGACCUAUCUGUUCCAGACGGGCACUCGCGUGGGCGGUAGACGGCAACAGAUCAAUGGAGACAACCACAUGCAGAGAAUGCAACAACAAGUUCAGCGUGCAGUUGAAGCAGCCAAGCUCAAACCCAAGAAUCAGCAGCUGAUCAUCGAAGGUAGUUUGGGUAAAAUCUCCUUCAGCAACGCAAAGACACCAAAGCCACUGCUCAAUAUCAAGAGACAGGAGGGCACUGAAUCCCGACCAACAAGUGCCAAAAAGGGAAGCAGCGUAAGUGCGAGUGACCGCAAAACGAUUUUGAAGAACAUUGAAGCUGUGUAUACGACCUUGAUGCGCAUGGAGGAUCACGAACGACAAAUGCCACCUCCACCCACCGAAGGCAACGCGAAUUCCAUUCAGACACAUCUUGAAUGGCGACACAAGCAGCAGGAGCUGGGCAACACGCUAUGGCAAGAUCUCAAGGUUCUUGAUCCUAUCGUCCCGGGAUCAGCAAUUCCUCACCCUUUCAUUGCUUUUCUGUCAUUUUCCAAAGGGAAGAAGGCCAUCCCGCGGGUCUUCCAUCAGAUUGAUGCGGACAAAAGACUGACCAUCUUGACCAUGAUUGUGGUCCACAUCGAUCAGCUUGACGUGGUCAAGGACGCCCGUCCCGCCCCUGGUGAACUACAGCCUCCGACACUCGUGCGGGAAGAAGUCGAGUUAUUCUCACAAGCCGUCAUGCCGUGCUUGUUAUCCCACGUUAGCGAAGUGCCCGUCAAUAUUAUCACCGGAUUGCUAGGGCUUCUGAUCGACCACACUAACAUCUCGGUUGUUGCACACACCAAGAUUGGACUUGGCAUGCUGACGAUGCUGUUGACGCGCGCCGAAUUGGUGAAAGAGGCCGGGUCAGUCUCUGACCAGGAUUGGCAACAGUGGACCAUGUUAUACAGCCGCCUUUUUGAUAUGUUGGAGCCUCUUCUUGGUUCACUAUUUCCUGGUCCGGUCAACUCUGGUGACGACAUGUACGUGUGGCAAUUCUUGGCUGCCAUCGGCAUAUGCGCCAGCCCGGACCAACAACAGAGGCUGGUCAUCGGUGUGAAAGACAGAGUUAUGGAGACGGUGCUCCAGAGCAAGACACUACCAGCCGAAAUGUCGAGCGUUCGACUGGGGAACGUUAACCUAUUCAUGAGAGCCAUCGGUCUUGAUGUCGAGAUGCUAGGAUGA